CUUCCGUAUGUCAGUUGGUCAAGUCGGUCAAGUCAAAUCUGAAGAUUGCUGAAGAUUGUGAUUUGUGCGGGCUUGUAGUGUUAAAUCGUGUAUUAUCGUGAAAGUGUAUUGUAUCCUAUUUUCUAAAUCUAAUUAAGAAAAUGGUUUUAACAAAGGAAUUCAGAAUAUGCAUGCCGAUGACGGUCGAAGAGUACCGCAUUGGUCAGCUGUACAUGAUAGCUAGACAUAGCUAUGAACAGUCCAGCAAUGGGGAAGGGGUGGAAGUUGUGGCUAAUGAGCAGGUCACUGAUGAAGUUAAUGGAGUGGGACAGUAUACUGAGAAGAGAAUCCAUCUAUCUAGUCAUUUGCCGUACUGGGUCCAGUCCCUGAUACCAAAAAUCUUUUAUGUCACUGAAAAAGCAUGGAAUUAUUACCCAUACACUAUUACAGAAGAAUUGGAACAAAGGGAAGUUGAUUUCCUAGAUAUUGCUUAUGAUGAGAUCAAGCCACACCACUAUAAGGAGGCAGAAGACCCUAAGUUCUUCAAGUCACAGAAGACAGGUAGAGGUCCGCUAGUGGAAGGCUGGAGGGAGAACCAUCAGCCCAUCAUGUGCUGCUACAAAGCCGUGAGCGUCAAAUUUGAGGUGUGGGGCUUGCAGACUAAAGUGGAGGAGUAUGUUCAAGGCGCGAUUCGAGAAAUACUCUUGCUUGGACAUCGUCAGGCGUUUGCUUGGAUGGAUGACUGGUUCAACAUGACCAUAGAAGAUGUGCGGGAAUACGAACGUGAAAUGCAGGCAAAAACUAAUAUCAAGUUAAAAUCUACCAUAGAGAGUGCCGAGGGAUCUAACGAGGACAAGAAUUCUGAUUCUUCUAAACCACAAACACCAAAGAGUCCCAAGACACCGAAGAGUACGAGCAGCACUCCUACAGCUGAAGGUCGGUCGUGGUUCAACUGGUCCUAAGUUGGACACCACUGAGAAGGGCUUGAAUCCUAGCUAUUUAUUUAGAUCCCUGCGUGUUAAGUCUACAGCUGUCUUUGUUACGCAUUAUUUACAUCCGGAGUUUGGUUUGGUAGAACAUAGUUUAGUCUUUAGCUUAAAAAUGGCUAAAACUCGCAGUAUCAAGCCCUUCAGUAUAAAAUUGAAUUUGAUCUCAUCUUGCUGUCUCGACAGGGUUUGAUUUUGUCGAAUUGAUGUGUUCACCUAUUGCCUUCGGAGUUAUAUCUUCCACUACUGUCUUUCCUUAUGAUUUCAUAAUGAAUAAUUAUGCAAUUUUGUUCCUAGUUAUUUUACUUGUAAGUUAUACUCAUUGUUGAAAUGGUGUUAGUUAGACAAUAUUAUUUAAUGAAACCUUAUCUAGGGGAUGCUCUAUUCUAAGGAGAUUUUAUAAUUGAAACCCUGCUUGAUGUGAGAAUGGAAUGCAGAAUAAUAUCGGCGAGCGAGUUAGUAAAACCUGAUAGAGAUCAUCCAUAAGAAUAAAUUAAGAUGCCUCUAAAAGUACAUAGCGGAAUUAUAAUGGGCCAUAUAACUCGAAUAAUAGACGACCUCUAUUUAUAAGUGUAAGUUGUAAUAUUUCCUAUACGUAUAUAGGCACCUUAAUGUCCUAUUCAGUAAAGUAUUUUUGAGAUUGACAUUGAAAAUGGGGAAUCGUCUCGUAUUGGGGUAUGUAAGUAUAUUAUUUGUUUGUACAGAUACAAAAUUGUGCAACUAAGACUUCAGCCUCAUAUGUAUGUAUAUUAAAAUAGUUCGAUAUUUCGACGACUUUUAUGUCGCUUUAUUGACUUCUAUUCUGACUGUGUAACCCCAAAGGGGAGCUUAUUCCUAUAUAACAUUCUUUAAAUAUUUCCUAGUUAUGUAUGUAUGUAUGUUAGUAUAUGUUUUAGAUAACUUUAUGUUUGAUGUUGUAGAUUUUAUUAGUAUGUUGUCUUUAUUGUGUGUUAGUAACCUUUGAACAAGGCCUUUAGAAAUGGUUGUAUUUAAGUAAUGUCGAAUUAUCUACAGAUUAUGUAAGGAAACGGGUAUGUUGAAUAAACUGGAGUAAUAUCAUAGUUAUGUCUAAGGAUACGGAAUGAAUAUAAAAAAGGUUUUGUAGUAUAUGAGUGUUAUAUGUGCAAUAUAUACAGAAUGUUCUAGAAAUGUAAACUAUUGACCAAAGUCCUCGGAAUUAUAUUGUGGUUUCUAUAUAAAUGGUUAUAGGCUUAAUGCCGAAGCAUUACUUACUUUUAAUAGUAAGUAAUGUUUCUGUAUUGAUACAUACAGGUCUUGAUGUAAAUUAUAAUAAUAAAUGUUUAAAUAAUGACAAGUUGAGCUUGAACAAUGAACAAAUACAUUUAUUAUAGGUACCUAAGUAGUAAAAGCUUGCUUGAAUAAAGGAGUACAACAUUUUUCUCCUGAUUAUAAGUACAAAAUUACAGAUUAAGUUAUUCUCAGCCAGUCAACUGCAAAUAGGUAUUAUUUAUUUCUAUUGUAUCUAUUUAAAAUAAAGCAUUUCUUCUGUCUAAUUACUUAGAUUAAAAAAGAUUAAGUUUCUCGAAUAUUGAAGUCACUACAAUAAAGUCUCGAUAAUAUUAUAUUCUAUUAAUGUAUCAAAUCAAUAGGCCCAAACCGAGAUAGGUCGGGUAUGAUCGUAAGAGUAAUUUGUUUUAUCCACAUUGUUGUUGGCUGGCUCAUGUGUUUCAGUCCUGUUUCGAAGAGUUUUUCCAUAGUGCGCUACGUAUAUGCUUAUUAGGUCGUUCCUAGUAUAAUUGUUUUCUACAUAUGAAUUCUUAUGAAUUGUUUAAACCUCGAAAACUAUAUUGAAAUUAUGGCGUCCGCAAAAAUAUCAUAAAUAUUUAUCGUUGUACAUAAUUGGAAUUUUUAAGUCACAAAUUGAUAAACGGCUAUAAAUAUUACUAAGUUUGCAAGUUGUGUUUAAAUGUAACUUAUCGCUAAAUGUUUAAUGUACGACGUUGUCAAUCAAAUAUAAUGAUUGUUUAUCGA